UCAGCCAGGGAGGGUGAAAAUGAGAGGAAUUUGCAACUAGUUUCCAGCGGAAAGUUGGAGUGGGAGUCUGCGCCCCAGUCACUUAAUUUCCUGAGAUAACUCAGGGAUUUUCCUUUUCCGAUGUGAAAUCAGCCCGGCGGCUGUCUUAAAGCGGGUGCUUUGCCACCUCCCCUCGCCUGGGCAUCCCCCAGACUGGCAGACAAGUCGAAGCUGCAGCUCCUCAGUGCAUCCUCAUCCUCAUCCUCACUGCAAUCAGAUCUCCCUCACGGUGCCUGUCUGUCAGGGAAAACGAGCACUCAUGAACUUUUGUAUUAUUUGGAUUUGUUGAACAAUUUCCAGCAUCCAUUAUGUCUCUUUCUAAAGGAAAAGUGAGGAAAAAACCUAAUUUAAAAAUCUCUGAUGAUGUCUUCAAACAGCCAGUUACCAGCCCCACGCCACCCCGCGACCUGGAUUCCAAAGCAUGUAUUACAAUUGGAGAUCGAAAUUUCGAGGUGGAAGCUGAUGAUUUGGUACCCAUCAAUGAACUGGGCCGAGGAGCAUAUGGAGUGGUGGAGAAAGUGCGACAUGCACCCAGCGGAACCAUAAUGGCUGUGAAGAGAAUCCGGGCAACUGUGAACAGCCAGGAGCAGAAGAGAUUGCUAAUGGACCUCGAUAUCUCGAUGAGAACUGUUGACUGCUUCUACACAGUUACGUUCUAUGGAGCUCUGUUUCGAGAGGGUGAUGUGUGGAUAUGUAUGGAACUACUGGACACCUCACUGGAUAAAUUUUACAAAAAUGUGAUUGAGAAAGAGAAAACAUUCCCAGAGGACAUUUUGGGGAAAAUAGCUGUGUCUAUUGUAAAAGCAUUAGAACACCUGCAUAGCAAGCUGUCAGUGAUUCACAGAGAUGUGAAACCUUCAAAUGUUCUUAUCAACAAAGAAGGUCAUGUGAAAAUGUGCGACUUCGGCAUUAGUGGAUAUCUAGUAGACUCAGUUGCCAAAACAAUGGACGCAGGUUGCAAACCGUACAUGGCUCCCGAGAGGAUUAACCCAGAUCUGAACCAGAAAGGAUACAAUGUGAAGUCUGAUGUCUGGAGUUUAGGAAUCACAAUGAUUGAACUAGCUAUCCUACGGUUUCCCUACGAAUCCUGGGGGACACCAUUCCAACAGCUAAAGCAAGUUGUGGAAGAGCCUUCCCCACAAUUACCCGCAGACCACUUCUCCAAGGAAUUUGUGGAUUUCACAGCGCAAUGUUUAAAGAAGAACCCCAAAGAUCGAAUGAACUACAUUGACCUUAUGGAGCACCCCUUCUUCAAAAUACACGAUGCCAAUGAAACAGAUGUGGCCUCCUUUGUAAAAGAGGUUUUAGGAAAUGACCCUAUCUGACGUCUGAGGAAUUAUAAAUAAAACAUUGAUUCCUUUUUUGUUCUCACUUAUCAUCCAAUGGGAUUUCUAUUUAAAAGUGAAUCUAGUUACUUAAGAAGAGGCAGUUGAGUUUAUGGCCGUUUGUGCUCCAUUCAAAAGAUUCUCAUAGGCGCUUGUUUGCACCUUUGUGAGUAAACCCAAACUGGCAUCAGCUGUAUAUUCCAAAACCAGGACUUGCAACUUAAAAAGCAAACCUAAGCCUAGCUGUCCCGCCAUUGCGGGAAGUGGGGAAGAGAAGAGCCCAGCUAUUGCCUCUCCCAUUGUAAACCUGGCCUGGAGGUGACCAUGCUUUUUGCUUCUCUCAAUUCAAUCCAAGCCCAAGCAGCCAUAAACUCUUGGUAAUUCCACUCCUGGUCAGAUUAGUGUUGACUGUUUGUAUAUAUUUAAGUGAAAGCGUCCUGGUUGUAAAGAACAGAUAAAGAAAAAAGUUCUUAUUUUUGACAGA